AUGUCGUACUCAAACAAUGGCGUCAAACUGAUCAUUUUUGACAAAGACGGAACACUUUUGGAUUUUCACAAAAUGUGGCUACCGUAUGCCACGACAACUGUGCGAUUACUCGAAGCAUCGACGAAGAUGCGCGUCGGACCAGCGAUCUACAAAACACUUGGAGUGGAUCCGGUCGCCGGAAAAGUUUCGAUGGGAGCACUCGCUGAAAAGACGCUCAUCGGCAUUCGAGAAGACAUCUCGUUAACACUUCAGUCAUUCGGAAUUCUUCCCAUCGAAGCCGACGCCAUUGUUCAAGGAUGUGUUCCGGAAGCGUCGCCCGGCGAAAUGGCGCCCGUCUGCGAUCUACCGAAACUCUUCGGGACUCUCAAAUCAAUGGGCAUCAAGAUUGCGGUGUGUACGGCGGAUAGUCGACCGGCGACGAUGGAGCAAAUGAAUAAACUCGGUGUCGCCGAAUAUUUGGACGACGUCGUGUGCGGAAGCGACGUCGGAAUUGUGCCGAAACCUUCGCCUCAUUGUGCGAUCACAAUCUGCAAACGCUUGAAUGUUGGUUUCAAGGAGACUCUCAUGGUCGGCGACACAAUUGCCGACCUCAAAAUGGGACGAGUCGCCGGUCUGCGCGCCAGCGUCGCCGUCAUGACAGGUGUCGGCACUCGCGAAACUCUCGCCGAGUAUUCCGACUACUUUCUCGACGAUAUUAGCGGUCUGCCGCAACUCAUCUCAAAAACGAUGGCCGAAGACACAAAACGAGGCUGA